AUGGGUAAAGUAAUUUUGCCAGAGUACUUGAAGCAAAGUGACAGACAGAUACAGGAGAAGUUUCGUUAUAUACAACAUCAAGAGGACGGUAGAUUGAGGGAUGCUACGUUAGAUCCAGAGAAUUCCAGGUGGUCGUUUGGGGUCAGUGUGCUUGAAGAGAAUGAUAGACGCAAUAGGUAUGUUAAUAUCAUGCCCUUUGAACGUAAUAGAGUGAGAUUGAAAGUUGAAGAAGGCAAUGAUUAUAUCAAUGCAUCCUAUGUUAAAGUAGAUGUUCCGCAACAGUCUAUUUCUCCAGGAAUCUAUAUAGCUACGCAAGGUCCUACCAAUAAAACUUGGGAUCAAUUUUGGCAAAUGUGUUACCAAACAUGUCCAGAUGAGAAUAUUGUUAUAGUAAUGGUGACACCUUUGGUUGAACAUGGUCGAGAAAAAUGUUAUCAAUACUGGCCAAUUGGUGGACAAUUAGACUCAGCAAGAGAAAUAAGUAAAAUCCAAAAACCUGGGGGCUCUGCGGACAUUUCAGUGUUCCCAACGAGUCUAAGAGUUUCAUUCAUUGAAAGCGAAAGGUUCUCUCAGGGAUAUACAUUAAGCACAUUGAAAUUAGAACCAACAGAUGAGUAUAUGGGACCAUCAAAAACAGUGCAUCAUUUUUACUUUGAUCAAUGGGAAGAUAUGAACAAACCCGAAGAAGUGAUUCCAAUCAUGAAACUUAGCGAACACUCUCAUAGACUGAACUCUGGUAAAAAUCCAAUAAUUGUACAUUGUUCAGCAGGUGUAGGAAGAAGUGGUACAUUUAUUUCUUUAGAUUAUCUAAUUCAUAACACAUUAGACUUCCAGUCACAUCCCGACGAUCACCUCUCACUGUCCCCACAAUUUCGACCUUCGCAAGAUUACCAUCAUGAUUUAAUUGAACAGAUAGUUCAACAAUUACGUUCACAGAGACUUAAAAUGGUUCAGAUAGUCGAUCAAUACAGGUUCAUCUACCUGGCCGCAAAAUGUCUCUACCAAAAAUCAAGAAAAGAACAACGAUAA